CAUCAUCGAGUAUCCAAGGUUUUGGACAAAAACUUCAUUGAUACAAUUGGGUUAUGGUGUAUGGGCGGGUAUGGUCAUUAUUGGUGCUGGUAUGGCAUUUGGGUUCUCCGCCGUUACUUUGCCAGCAUUGAAAGGAGAUGAAACUAUAGAAACUCCGACUGAAUACGAGAAAGCUUGGAUUGCCAGCGUGAUAAAUCUCACAGCCCCUCUAGGUUGUAUUAUUUGCGGGUGGAUUAUGGACAAAUGCGGGCGAAAACCAGCAUUAGUUUGCAGUCAAGUGCCCAUGAUUAUAGGCUGGUUGUACACUUGGCGUGCAACGGCGCCUAAGGAUAUUAUUCUUGGUAGAACCAUAGCUGGAAUCGGAUGUGGAAUGGCUACCAGCGCGCCACGACCAUACAUCACUGAAAUAACCCUUCCAAACAUGCGAGCCACUGUCGGUGUCUUAAUUACGUUAGGCAUAUCUCUGGGACUGACCAUUGAGGCUGCGCUUGGUUCUGUGUUAAAAUGGCGUAUUCUCAGCUUAAUUGGUGGUAUAUAUUCACUAAUUUUCUUAGUGGCUAACAUUUUUCUCCCUGAAACGCCAUACUACGUCCUUAUGACGAGCACUAUGGCGAAAGCAAGAAUAACUUUGCAGAAAUUUAGAGGCCCUAAUUACAACAUAAACAAAGAAAUGGAAAGUUUGCUGUACUUCAGAGACAUGAAUCAGAUUCGUAGACUGACAACGAAAGAGCUGUUUAGAUCUUUAUUCAAGCCGGCCGCUUGCAAGCCGUUCUGGAUUGUGUUUCCUUAUAUAAUUUUUGCGCAAUUUUCAGGAAUAACAAUUUUAUUUUUUUACACUAUAGAGAUAUUAAAGGAGUGCAGAUCGUCUGUCGACCCACACGCCGGAAAUAUUGCCCUUGGUGCAACCAGAAGUAUUAUUAGCAUUUUAACAUCAAUUAUUUUGUUUAAAAUCAAGCGGCGACCUUUGGCAAUACUUUCUGCCCUAGGUGUGGCAGUUACGUGCAUACUUUUAAGUAUCUACCUUUUAUAUUCCACUAAAGAGUCUGUUGUCCCGCAAUUAGCUUUAAUUAUCUACGUUGCAUUUGGUACAAUUGGUUAUUACAGUCUACCUAUAUUGAUUGCAUUUGAACUAAUUCCUUUGCAGUUCCGUGGUCUUCUUGGUGGUAUUAUGAUAGCGGUAACAAAUUUGAUAAUGUUUGUCUGCAUACAGUCGUUUCCCUUUAUGAAGCGUGCUCUUACCCUGCCGUAUACUAUAUUAUUAUUUGGUAUAUUCUCUAUAUUAGGAGCUGUUUUUAUAAGCAUCGUCUUACCAGAAACAAGACAUUUGACUCUUUAUCAAAUUGAGCAAUUUUACAAGAAACCCUUGCCAACCGCUUUGGCGCCCAGCUCAGCGAUACUUACAAGCAGUGAAUAUGGUAUUUUCCAAACGAUUAUAAAUGUUUUUGCAAAGCUAAAACGUAAUAAAACAAUUAAAGAUCUACCCAAUAUUACCUUACAAAGGCAUUUUAAAGACAGUGUUCCAAAUGUUACAAAAGUUCCAACGAAUGGGCCAAGAAUAAAUGAGCAAGAGUAAACUACUCGUAAUAUGGAAAUGCAGAAUACAAAUAUUGUUUAUUAAAUUAAAAUUAUUACACUCAUCAUCAACGGUCGGACUAGGUCGGAAUACAAAUGAGAAGACAAAUGCGUACAAAUGUUAUUUAAAUUGUAAGGCGAGGAAAUACGUAUUAUAGAACGUUAUUUUUAAAUGCACGCUAGUCGAAUUUCUGCCACUAGGCAGAGAUAUUGUAUUCAGGAAGCCAUUCUAUAUAAGAUACUACCAUACAUAAGACACCAUAAUAAUUAUUAAGAUGUCAUGGGCCUCGUUGUCCAAUGACAUGCGUAUAGUGUCAAAGGACUUAUAUUAUUCGAUUGUUUCGUCAUGUGGUUGUCCGUGUUUGGAUACCAAGAGAAUAAGUGCAGUAAUUGUAUUAGAUCGUAACAAAAUGUGCUGAUGUGUAUUUUAUUAAGAAAAUAGAGUACAGCAUAUGUCACCAGCGCGAGUGCAGCCCAUGGGCCCCGGUAGAUGUACCGCCCGGAUGCAAACGAUAACCCCUCUAGUUGGCAUGCGAUUAAAAUGGAAUAUUUACAGUUAUAUUUUCCUUUUAAUCGGACAUUUAGGUGCAAAUGGUGCAAUAAUAAAUGAUAUUGAGAAGCAAUAGCCCAUUUACUUCGCUUGCACCGCAAACGACGCAGGCUCUUCACUACUUUUUUGGUAUUGGUUGAAAACAUUAGAUGUAUUUGAGACCUCAUUUCAAGUGUUGUAAUAUUUUUGUUAAUAUAAUCUUUUAUACAAACGU